AUGGCCGCUCCUCCACGCCACCCUCGGGACGACCUGGAGACCGUCUCCUCCACCCACGCCGCCACGUUAACGUCUCACGCCGGGCAAGUGAACAUGAGCAUCCGCGUGUCCAUGGCCGACGCCAACGCGGUCUCCACGGAGGCCCUGCGCAACAUCCGCACCGUGCGGUCCUUUGGCGCCGACCUGCUGGACGCUGAGACAGGGGGAGGGCGGGGUAAGGAAGUGACCGCCUUCCGACAGCACAUGGACACGGCGCUGAAGAAUGGCAUGAAGGACUCCUAUGCCUCUGCGGGUGUCACGGCCAUCACACAAUACGUGGACUUCGCAGCCACCAUCCUAAUCCUCUGGUAUGGCGGCUACGCUGUGCUGGGGUAUGGGCAAACGGAUUUGCAGAUUGGGAAUCUCAUCACCUUCAACCUCUACUGGAACAUGCUGAAUACUGCGACCACCAACCUCAACGGCAUGCUGAACACCUUGGUGAAGGCAGCAUCUGCUGCCCAACGUGUGUUUGAAAUCAUUGACUUGGAACCAGAUAUUCCAGCAGAUCAGGGCGAGAAGGGCAUGGAUGAAGGGCCCUGCAGCAUCUCUUUUCAGGAGGUGAAAUUCUUCUAUCCCAUGCGCCCGGACGCCAUGGUCUUGAACGGCCUGAGCUUCACCGUAGGUGCGGGUCAAACGGUGGCCAUGGUGGGCAAGAGUGGCGCAGGGAAGAGCACGUUGGUGGGUUUGAUGUUGCGCUUCUACGACCCCAAGGGCGGCGAUGUACUCCUGAAUGGAUGCCCGCUGACGGAAUACAACUUGCGGCUCUACCGGAAGAAAGUGGGAGUGGUGUCUCAGGAUACACAGGUCUUUUGCCGAUCCAUCUUGGACAACCUGACCUAUGGGCUGGAAGGAGGCGGAGAUGUUUUGCAAGCUUGCGAAAGAGCUGCAGAGGUUCAGAGCUGCAAUGAAGACUGCCAAUGGCGGUGUGAGAUGGCACUGGGCGAUGUGCCCUCCAUGGAAGAGAUUGAGAAAGCGGCAGAAGCGGCAUCUGCCAACGAUUUCAUUCAACAAUUGGAUGAGAAGUACAACUCCAUGAUCGGCGAGGGUGGCACCCGCCUGAGCGGCGGGCAACGGCAGCGCGUGGCGAUCGCCCGGGCCUUGCUCCGGCGUCCCAAGCUGCUGCUACUGGACGAGGCGAAGACGCCUGUCGAUGCGGAGAACGAGGGGAAAGUGCAGAAAGCCUUGGAUGACUUGGUGCACUCGGUUCAUGGCAACUGCUCAGUGGUGCUCAUCGCACAUCGCCUGUCCACAGUGAUAGGAGGGCAUCGUCGGAACUGGUCGCUGGAUGCAUGA